AUGAAGUUACAAGAUCAUUUUCUUAGAAAACUUGAGCCCAUUCCAACAAAUUCUACAGACAAUCGAUGGAAGUGGUUUAAGAAUUGUUUACGUGCUCUAGAUGGGACAUAUAUAAAGGUUAAGAUGCCAAGUGAAGAAAAGCCUAGAUAUCGAACUCGUAAGGGUGACAUCACAACAAAUAUGUUAAGUGAAGGAUUAGUAACUGAUGGUAGAGUUCUUCGAGAUGCAAUUACUAUAAGACAUGGACUUAAAGUGCCUCAUGGCUUUCUUGCACCUGUUAAGGGUCAAAUGUAUCAUUUGAAUGAAUGGCAUCAAGUUCAUCAACCAACAACUCCUAAAGAAUUUUUUAAUAUGAAAGACACAGUUGCUCACAAUGUAACUGAGAGAUGCUUUAGGAGAAAGAUGACCUUUGACCCUAUUGAAGAUGAAGUGGGUGAAUGUCUUCAUGAUAACACAACUCCUGAGGAAGAAGAUGCAAUAGGUGCUAUUAACCCCACUGAUGCUUGGACUAAUUGGAGAAUGCAAUUAGCAAAUGAAAUGUUCACUGAAUGCCAAACAGUUAGGUAG